AUGCCUUCACUCCGCAAGAUCAACUGCAACGUGCUUUGGCCGCAGGGCACACCAUUCAAGGAAUAUGCCACCACAUAUGGCGACGGCAUCGUGGAGACGUUCAUAGCAGUGCCUGGCGACAAGCCUCAAAAGUUCUCUAUUCGCGUCACGUCCAAGGGCUACAUCUAUGAAGGGCUUGCGGCUGUUGUCUUCGUCGAUGGCGUCUAUCAGUGCAACCGCAAUCGAGUCAACCUGGUUCGGCCAAAGAAGAAUCUGCCGCUGGAGAGAACCGAGAUCGACUUCUAUCUGAGACAAGAAGAGCGCAAGUUGACAGAAGAUGGCCACUUCCUCGGGAGUGACUGGCGAUUCGAUGACUUCAAUCCAUUCGACGAGGCAACAAGCGAUGAGGAGAAGAGCGCGACCGAGCACCUUCAAAAUCUGGGCACGAUUGAUGUCAUCAUACUUCGUUGCUGCGCUCGCAAGGACGAUGACACUGCAGAAGAUGAUUGUGAUUCUGCUGCUGAGAGUGAUGUGCUUGGCAACAGACUGACCGUAGAAGACGACGAAGCUGCUUACGAGAAGAAGGCGAAGAACAAAGGUGGCAAAGGCAACAAUGAUGCGCUUAAUCAGAACAAGUCAAGUAAGAAGAAGGGCGGCAAAAAGGACGACGAUACUGCAAGCAUCAUCCAACUCGACGGCCCUGCAGACAGCUACUACCAUCGACCGAACCCGCCAUAUGAUACGCCUGGUUGGGCUGGUCCACCAACAGGUCGGUUCCAGCACCGGCCUCCUCUACCUCCUCGGGCUGAUCGGCAUGUACAUUUCGACAUACAACGAGACCACUCGCAACCUCCCGCAGACCGAUACACAGAUCGAGCUCAAACACCCUAUGCCCAUGCUGCCCAUGUACCGGGACUGUCGCAGUAUCAAAGCCACGCUGCAUAUCCAAACUACGGAGCACCGCACUACCCAACGCCACCACAUACUGCUGGUCAUCCCUACUAUGCUGGUCACAAUCAAUACCCGCCGUACGCCCAGAAUUGGUCAUCGCACUAUCCAGCGCAACACUCGCAGACUGUACAGCCCACCCAGACCAUGCCAGGUGCUUGGCCUCAACCCAAUAAUGGUGCCGGACAGCAGCCCAACCUGAGAUGGGUGCAGCCAAAAGCUCCAGAGACCAGGGAUGGCAACAAUAACAAUACUGCACACAAGCAGGCGACCAAUGGAAACACCCAACCGGCGACGAUUGAUCCGUAUAGCGGAUGGUAUUGGGACGGCACUCAAUGGCAAUACGGCAUUGUCGGUGUGAGCAAGCAAGCGAUGGAUGCCAACAACACGAACGGCCAGAGCAACGGCUCUGGAGACAGUAGCAACGAUACCAGCAACAACGGCUGGGACAAUAACAACGACACUUCGGGCACAAACAACAACGAUAGCACGAAUGAUUGGGACAAUUCUAAUGACACCACAGGCACGAACAACAACGACACUUCUUGGGACAACGCCAAUGACAACAAGGAUACAAACAAUAACGACACCUCCUGGGAUAACGAUGAUAAGAAAAGCACGUCGGGCAACGGUGGAACAGACUGGAACAAUACCAACAACAACGCGGACACCUCUGGCGCAGCUUCUACUGGAAACAACGACUGGGGAACCCCUGCUCCAGCAGACAACACCGUCCACACACUGAAUCCCUCGGACAGCUCUCACGACAACUCCAACAACAACAACAACAACAACAACGUUUCAGCCUCCACGCCCGCCGGCAACUACAAAGGCCCACCCCUCCAUGGCCCUCACGGCGCCUACCAUGGUCCUAAACUUGCUGUUGCCGCCCCCUCAAUUUGGGUCAUUGACGAGCCGGCCCCAUACGACGUCCCUGCCUACUUCGCCGCAUCUCGUUCGCUGUCAAAGCAAAUCCAGCGCGGGCGCGCCUACAAUUACUUCAAACGCCAUCGCAAGCCUAUCUACAUUGACUCCAUCGCCGAGCCUUACGCUCGAUUCGUGUUCAAGUACCGCACAAAGGAGAACUUGCCGAAGGGGUUGAAAGUGGAGGCUGCGGAGGAGCCGAAUCCGGAUCAAGGGUUGCAGGAUCUGCAGGAUAAAGGGAGAGAGGAAUUGAUUGAAGAACUGAGACGGUUCAGAAAGGUUUACGGGGAGCAGGCGCCCGAUAUCACUGAUGUAGGGAAGCAUGAGGGCGACGCAGAAGAUGAGAAUGAUGCGAUGGAGUGGAAAGCGACCCCACCGGAGAAGAGCUUCUUGGAUUACAAGCUGCCAGUGUACUACGGGAAUGGUGAGGGUGGAGAUGCUAAUGGGAAUGUGAAUAGCAAUGGCAGCGUGCUCGGCAACGGGAAAGGCAAGACGAAUGGAAAUGGCGCUGGCAAGAAAGCUGAUGAUGGAUGGGCUACUGACACGCCUGCGAACACGAAUGCUGGUGGCAAUAGCUGGGAUACCGGAGGUGGCGGCGGCGGUAACUCUGGCACUACAUGGUGA